UGGACGAUGUUUCCCUUCUGAGGAGAAGCUGUGGGUAGCAAGUAACUGGUGUAUAGCGAGAAGGAUUGGACGGAACUACCGUUGGUACAGUGAGAGGCUUUUAAAGUAAUGAUCUCCCUUUAAAGAUAACUACCCUUUGAAAACCAUGGCCCUCCGUCCGCCAUCCUUUGUGAAAGUCAAAGAAGAUAAGACGAUUUCCAAAUCAGAACUCCUGUCCCUGUUGAAAACCUAUAACUGUUACCAUGAAGGUAAAAAUUUCCAGUUACGCAGUCGAGAGGAAGAAGGCGGACUGAUCAUUGAAGGUUUACUUAACAUCUCUUGGGGUCUCAGAAGGCCAAUUCGACUUCAAAUGCACGACGACAAUGAGCGAAUCCAUCUCUCCAGCACGGGACAAUGGAGAUUGGACCAGACUGACUUCGCCAGAGCUGAGAAGACUUCUGUGGAAUCGAAUAACUAUUCCCUCAAUGGAAAACUUUCACCAAAUAAUACAAGUUCCGAGCCGGGCAGUUCGGAAGAGGAGACUCCUCAGCUCAUGAGAACGAAGAGUGAUGCUAGCUUCGUGAGCGUCCAGCGCAGGACCAAGCUCCACAGCCCGGGGGAGCUGCAGAGGAUGAAACGCCACCGAUUUUCAAUCAACGGCCACUUUUAUAACCACAAGACAUCAGUGUUCACUCCAGCCUAUGGGUCGGUGACCAAUGUGAGAGUGAACAGCACCAUGACCACACCGCAAGUCCUCAAGUUAAUACUGAACAAAUUCCGUGUAGAAAAUAAACCCGAAGAAUUCGCACUCUACAUGGUUCACGAAACUGGCGAACGCUCCAGGUUAACGGAGACGGAAUAUCCUUUGAUAGCCAGACUGCUAUAUGGCCCUUGUGAGAGAAUAUCCAAGAUAUUCCUGAUGGAGACAGACUUGGGAGAGGAGGUGACCUACGAUGUUGCUCAGUAUAUAAAGUUUGAGAUACCAGUUCUUGACAGUUUUGUUGAAAAGUUAAAGGAAGAAGAGGAGAGGGAAAUUGUAAAACUGACAAAGAAAUACAGUGCCCUCAGGUCCAUGAUCUUGCAGCAGUUAGAAGACACUACAGAACGGACUGACCGGGACUCGUGAGUUAUGCUUGAAGGCCAAGAUGACAAUCUGAACUUGUGCAAACUCCUCUGUGGCUCCUAUUCCCUGUUGCCUGGCUUGUAUGAAGUGUAUCCAGACUACAGCAUUACAUUCCUUGAAGCAGACCCACUUUUUCCAUGACGUCAUUUUCAAAAUCACUAAAACGGUUUGAUUAAGAGGAAAUGAUUUGUCUGACUGUUCCGCCGUGGCCAGUAAUACUGCUCUUACUGGAAAUCCUGGGCAAAAUAUCGGAUCUCCAGGGAGUAAACCAUUCAACAGCUGCACACACUGCUACUGUAUGGUCUCCCAUCAGAUCACUUCAUAAAUAACUCUACAUUGUUCGAGCUUUCUGUCCCUACUGCCUGAGCCUUGGUUAGUUUGCUAUGAAGCGGACCAAGAGGUAUUCCAGUCACCUGCAGGCCUGUCUGUCACCUGUCUAAUUCCCUGCUGGACAGGCUGUGAGAGCCGGGCUGAAGACCAGGAGAUUCCAGUGAGCGAUAUCGCCUCACGUGUCUGGAUGAACAGUAGCCUGAGCUGCUCAGAGGCUGGCCACGCCACAAUCCUCUCAAGCAGUCAGGCUCUAGGAAUAGAAGCUUCUCUCGGAGCCUUUCUUUGUGUGCGUACUCGAGUCAGCACGUGAGGGAGCGAUGAGUGUCUGCUUUGGGAGAAACGUGUGGUGAAGUCUAAAGGCUCAAUGGAAGAGUCAUGAAAUAGUUCCAGAAUUGUUAGUCCUCCCACACAUUCCGCAAAUAAAGCUUUGAGUGUAUUUUGUGCACUUGUGACCAUCUUUCAGUCAACCUCUGCUGCAACAUUGCAGGACUCGGUCUGCUCUAGUCAUUACACUGAUAUCCGUCUGUCUCUGCUGUACUUUGUCUAAUUUAUGAUUGUUUCCAUCUUCUAAAUUUCUCAUUUGAAAGCCAUUUAAAGAAGCACUUGUUGUUAGAGAUACUGUAUACGGCAAAUGUAAGUGUUGCACUGCUGGCUGGGUAAGAGCACUGCACAUCUAAGUGUUUUGAAGCCAUAAAUUUUAGCAUCCUUUCUUUAAAGAAAAGAAACUAAAGAGUAUAAUGUGUAUAAUGUUUGCUUUUCUCUUUGACACUUUUAUUAUGCCCAUUGUUACGUAAUGGCUUUCUUUUUUGGGGAUCAGUAAUACUAACAGCCUUUGCUUGUGGCCUAAUACUGUCAGGCUCCACGAGAUUGUGGUGCAUUUUUUGAGUAUGAUCUGCUGUUGAUGUGUGCUUGUGAGUUUUGCAAUGUAACUGAAAAUAAAGUGCUAUUUGAAAGCAUCAUA